AGUUGCUGAGCCGCGUUCAACACACACUCAUUGUACACAAACGGGGAAAGGCAGAUCGCAGCAUCGAUCGUGGCUCCUUUAAGAAAAACUAAGCCAGAAUUAUCAGCCCACCUCCUCUUGAUCUCAUUUAGAAGCUAUUGCAUAAAAAAUCAACUCAGGAGACGAGAGUGAUCAAAGAAACGAGAGAGAGCUUCAUUUUUGUGCAUUUGAGUAGUAUUAUCGUUAGGGGUGCUAACCAGUGGAAGCGCGCAGAGGAUCAUCAUUCAUUCAGCACUUUGACAAGCUCGCGUUUGAUUGAUUGACAGCCGGAGUGGCAAAAAGCCAUGAGAUUUGCUAGUUUUGUUUAAGGGGGUAUUUUCAUACUGCUGUGGAAAAGAAGAUUUCGCUCGAUCUUUGUCGCUGUCCAGGGGAAAGAAAGCGGAGGAGCUAUCGCUGAACGCGUCUGGCUGAACUUGUGGUGAAGGACUGGCUUCAUCGCUCGCUUGAAAGAAGCAUUUGGAUUUUUGGGGAAAACACAUCCCACGUUUGGAAUUUGCGUGUUUAUUUCUUAUUCACCCUGGCCUCGUAGGGGAUUUAUUUUUAAUUCAAGGAAGACGAGGGAGUGUGGAGGGCGAUGGCGCAGAGGUACGAAGAUAUACCCCACUAUGGGAUGGACGGAGUAGGAAUCCCGAGCACGAUGUACGGAGACCCGCACGGCCCCAGAUCCAUGCAGGCUGUUCACCUGAAUCACGGGCCGCAGCUUCACUCCCACCAGUACCCGCACACCGCCCACGCCAACGCCAUGCCGCCCAGCAUGGGCUCAUCAGUCAAUGACGCCCUAAAAAGAGAUAAAGACGCCAUUUACGGGCACCCUCUGUUCCCACUUCUAGCACUGAUUUUUGAGAAAUGUGAAUUAGCCACUUGCACACCUAGAGAGCCCGGUGUGGCUGGAGGCGAUGUGUGUUCGUCAGAGUCUUUCAAUGAGGAUAUAGCAGUGUUUGCAAAACAGAUUCGUGCAGAAAAGCCGCUAUUUUCAUCAAAUCCUGAGCUGGAUAAUUUGAUGAUACAAGCCAUUCAAGUUUUACGGUUUCAUCUUUUGGAGCUCGAAAAGGUACAUGAACUUUGUGACAAUUUCUGUCAUCGGUACAUCAGCUGUUUGAAGGGCAAGAUGCCCAUCGACUUGGUUAUAGACGACAGAGAAGGAGGAUCAAAAUCAGACAGUGAAGAAAUUACAAGAUCAUCGGGGCCCCUUGAUCAGACCUCAUGGAACAGAGACCAUGAUGAUACAGCUUCCACGCGCUCUGGAGGCACACCGGGACCGUCCAGCGGAGGACACACAUCACACAGCGGUGACAACAGCAGCGAGCAAGGUGAUGGGCUGGACAACAGCGUGGCAUCGCCCAGCACAGGAGAUGACGACGACCCCGACAAGGAGAAAAAGCGGAAUAAAAAACGUGGUAUCUUCCCUAAAGUGGCGACCAACAUCAUGAGGGCAUGGCUCUUUCAGCAUUUGACACACCCCUACCCUUCAGAAGAACAGAAAAAGCAAUUGGCACAAGACACCGGGCUCACCAUACUACAAGUGAACAACUGGACUGCAAGGCAUGCCAGGGGAUUACCUGUCACACGGUGGCCCCGUGGGUAUGGCUAUGGGGCAACCAGGCUACAGCGCCACUCAGAUGCCCCACCACCC